AUGGAGGGCCUGAGCCAGCCGCGGGUCCCGGAGGGGCGCAGGAAGCCCCCGAUGCUGCGCAUGGUGCUGGAGGCGCUGCAGGCCGGGGAGCAGCGGCGGGGCACGUCGGUGGCGGCCAUCAAGCUCUACAUCCUGCACAGAUACCCGUCGGUGGACGCCGUCCGCUUCAAGUACCUGCUCAAGCAGGCGCUGGCCACCGGCCUGCGGAGAGGGCUGCUCGCCAGGCCCGCGCACUCCAGGGCCAGGGGCGCCACAGGCAGCUUCAAGUUGGUUCCCAAGCACAAGAGGAAAAUCCAGCCCAGGAAGAGGCCGGUCCCGAAGGUCCCCAGGAGGGCCACGGAGGCCCUUGGGAAAGGCGCCAAGAAGCCAAGCCAGGCGCAGAAGGAAGCCGCCCGCUCUGGCCGGGUGGAGAAGGCCGCCCCCAGACCAGGUGCAGCCAGCCAGAAGGUCCCCAAGAGAGGCAGGGAGGCCAAGGACACCGAGGCCAGGAAGCCUCCCCAGAAACCAGCCAAGGCCACUCGGGCCCCUUCCAGUGCCGCGGGCGUCGGUGAGAAGGCGAAGGUCAAAGGCAAGAGGAGCAGACAAGGCGCAGAGGCCUGUGGGAAAUCCAAAGCCAAGGGCGCGAGUUCAAAACCCGCAGAGAAGCAGGUCAGGAAAGGAGUCGCUUCCCCAACCAAAAGGAAGAUGGCAGCCCAGACCUCUAAAGAGAGAGUGGACCAGGGGGCUGGGCAGAGGCCCAGAACCAAAGCAACUGCUGUUGCUCAGAAGGGUGACAGGGCCAAGGCUGUCCCCACAGCCCUGGCCAGGAAGACAGAAGCCCCCGAGGGCCCGAGAAGGCCCGGACUGCCCAUCAAGUCCUCAUCCUCCAAAGCACCCAGCAAGAAGGUAGAGGCCAAGAGGUAG